AUGAAGCCCUUCUAUUCAAUGUCUCUAGUUUUGUUUUUAGUGAUUACGUUGUUACCUAAACCUAUGUUUCCCCAAGUUGCAACAGGUACCACUGGAAAUGUGAUUCGAGUGGGAUUUAUUCACUGUAGAGACUUUCAAAGUGCACCUAUCACUGUUGGAUAUCGUACAUCUGCAGCAGCAGCUUCAAUUGCAGUUGAUAGAUUGAAAAGGGAGAAUCUAAUGAGUGGUUGGGAAUUCAAUUUUACUAUUGAAUUUGACGAUUGCGUAGAAUCUGAAGCCGCUGGAAUGACUGUUGAUCUUAUAGAGAAGCACAACGUGGACGUCAUCAUUGGGCCCACUAUGAACCAGCCUACGCUAGCUGCUUUUAUUGUAUCUAACUACUUCAAUCGACCAAUUAUUGCGUGGGGUCUUGUAAACGCUGCUCAGUUAGAUGAUUUCGAAAGAUUUCCAAAUGCCGGAAUUCUGUCGGCGGGGCAGCGAAGUCUCGGAGUUGCUAUUCGAGCUGUUUUGAAAAGAUAUGAGUGGAGUCAAUUUGUAUACGCUUAUUUCACUGAAGAAGACACGGAGAAAUGUGUUACAAUGAGAAAUGAUUUACAGCAAGUAGUAUCAUACUUUGGAGACAUCAUUCUUGCUUAUUCCAUCCAGGUUGCCGACAUUUCAAAUGAUGGAAUGAUUGAGGCUCUGAAAAAGAUUCAAUCUAGAGGAAGAAUAAUUGUAACAUGUAUGAAGGAUGGAAUUGGGUUGCGCCGAAAGUGGUUGCUGGCAGCGGAAGAAGCUGGAAUGAUUGGGGAUGAAUACGUCUACGUCUUUUCUGAUAUUAAAUCAAAGGGAUACGUUGUUCCAUUGCUUGGAGGAGGUGAACGUCCAUCUUGGAUUCUAUCUACUGGGUCUGAUGAAAACGACACACGAGCUUUAAAAGCUUUCAAGCAAUCCAUUUUUAUUUGUGACAUGAUGGGACAAGGAUCAAUUGCAACGAAUUAUACAAUAUUCGGACAAGAAAUAAUUGCCAGAAUGAAAGAGGCUCCCUACUUUUGUACAAAGGACUGUGAAGGGGAAAACUUUACAGUGGCUGCCACCUAUGCUGGUCAACUGCAUGAUGCUGUGUAUGCCUACGGUGUUGCACUUGAUAAAAUGCUGAAAGCGGGACAAAUAGCCCAGUAUCGUAAUGCAACUGCCUUCAUGAGAUAUUUUCCUCAAAGUUUUAUUGGAAUGUCUGGAAAUGUUACCAUAAAUGAAAAAGGCACUCGUAAUCCAACUCUUUUUCUUUUGGCUCUUGAUGAAAAUAAUAACAAUACUCGAAUGGCAACUAUUUAUGUAGAAAAUAUGAGUGCGACUUUCAACGCUCUUUAUUCAGAUGAAGGUGUAAUGUGGGCAUCUAGAAAAAAUAACGCUCGUCCUGUUGAUGUGCCAUUAUGUGGUUUUACAGGAAAUCUGUGUCCGAAAAGUUUCGUUGAUGAAUAUCUCAUAUGGGUUAUUGUGGCUAUUGUUGUUCUGUUUUUGGCAAUAACUGCUGCAGCAUGUGGAAUUUAUUUCUCCAUUCAAGCAAGAAGACAAGAAAUUGAAAGAUUAAAUAGACUGUGGCAAAUUCCAUUCAUUCAUCUUCAUCAAAUCAAUUCCAAACAAAAAGGAAAAGGAGAGCACAGUGUAAGAAGUCUUCAAAGCGGAACCAGCACUCUUUCAUCAAGAACAACUGUCUCAUUCAAAACCGAAUCCAGGAAUUUUCUGUUCUUCAGUCUUCAGAGAGAAUCCGAUUAUGAGCCAGUUGUUGCAAAAAAGCAUGCGUACCGACCAAGAUUAGACGAUGAUAAGUGUACUUUCAUGAGAUCGUUGAGAAACUUGGAUCAAGAUAACUUGAACAGAUUUAUUGGGCUCUGCCUGGAUGGUCCACAAAUGCUUUCUGUUUGGAGAUUCUGCUCGAGAGGUUCUAUCGCAGAUGUCAUUCUUAAAGCAACAAUUCAAAUGGAUAAUUUUUUCAUUUACUCACUUAUCAAAGAUAUGGUUCAUGGGCUUGUAUUUCUUCACGGAAGUAUGGUUGGAUAUCACGGAAUGCUAACAUCCAAGUGUUGCCUGAUAGAUGACAGGUGGCAGGUUAAAAUUUCCAAUUACGGAUUACAAGACUUGCGGUCCCCGGAGAUGUACGAGAAAAAAGAUUUACUGUGGAGUGCCCCAGAACUGCUGAGAGCUGAAGAUAUCAAAGGUUCCAAAGAAGGCGAUGUUUACAGUUUGGGUAUCAUUUGUGCAGAAUUAAUAACCAGAAAAGGCGUCUUCAAUAUGGAAGAUAGAAAAGAGGAUCCUGAAGAAAUAAUUUAUCUUCUUAAAAAAGGAGGUUUGAAGUCUCCCAGACCCGAUUUGGAAUACGAUCAUACUAUUGAGAUUAACCCCGCAUUGUUGCACCUUGUUAGAGAUUGUUUUACCGAACGUCCUUCGGAGAGACCAUCAAUUGAGACUGUAAGAUCUCAAUUGAGAGGAAUGAAUUCCAGUAGAAAUGAUAAUUUGAUGGAUCACGUGUUCAAUAUGUUGGAGUCAUAUGCAUCGUCUUUAGAAGAAGAAGUGUCCGAACGGACAAAGGAAUUGGUGGAAGAGAAGAAAAAGAGUGAUGUACUGUUGUAUAGGAUGUUGCCGAAGACCGUAGCUGACAAGCUCAAAUUGGGACAAACUGUGGAGCCGGAAACUUUUGAACAAGUCACAAUAUUUUUCUCUGAUGUGGUUCAGUUUACAACAUUGGCCAGCAAGUGUACCCCCUUACAAGUUGUCAAUUUGCUCAAUGACCUUUAUACAAUUUUUGAUGGAAUAAUUGAAAAACACGAUGUUUAUAAGGUGGAAACGAUCGGAGACGGAUAUCUUUGUGUAUCAGGGUUACCUCACAGAAAUGGCAAUGAGCAUGUCAGACAGAUUGCGUUAAUGUCUCUUGCAUUUUUAUCAAGCCUCCAGUUCUUUAGAGUUCCACAUUUACCAAGUGAACGGAUUAACUUGAGAAUUGGAAUGAAUUGUGGGUCGGUUGUAGCUGGAGUUGUUGGAUUAACAAUGCCACGUUUUUGUCUUUUUGGAGAUGCUGUUAACACUGCAAGUCGGAUGGAGAGUAAUGGAAAACCUGGAAAAAUUCACGUAUCCGCUGAAGCCAAUAGAAUGCUUCAUCUAGUAGGAGGAUUUGAUACCGAGUCACGAGGAGAAGUUAUAAUUAAAGGAAAAGGGGUAAUGGAAACAUUUUGGCUUACGGGGCAAGGAACUGGAGCAGUCUCAGGAGCCCGUCAUGUAUCGGCGAAGAAGGUUUCAAAAAAGAUGUAUGAGGAAUUUCAGAUGGACGAGAUUCAUCGGCAAGAAACAUUGAAAUCAGAUGAACAACUGAGUGAUUGA